AUGUCUUCGCGAAGACGAAGAGUUCUCGGGGCGAAACCCUACCGAAAUUAUAGUGAGGACACUUUGAAAGCUGCUAUGGCAGCAGUUGACACUGGCAUGACUUUGAGGGAAGCGGAAGAAAAAUUUAAAAUACCUCGAGCAACUUUAAAUAGAAAACACCGAAGGCUACAAUUAAACAAAGUCGGCCGUCCUAAAGUUUUCAGUGAAGCUCUGGAGGAAGUCUUUGUGCAAUCAAUCAUUACAGCUGCUGCUUGGGGAUAUCCACUAUCAGGUUUAGACCUAUCUUUACUCGUGAAAUCACAUCUAGAUAGGCUAGGUCUAAAUGAGACACGUUUCAAAGGUAACACCGGGACGAUAUUGGCUGGAAGGUUUUCUACGGCGCCAUAUAAGCACUUUAUCUGUAAGGCUUUUAGAAAAUAUUAA